AAUUGUUACCAAACCAAUUCACCGGAGAGAGAGAGAUGAAUAUGCCGGCGCGUGGGCGCGUGCUAUCAUUUUCAGAGAAGGAUAAAACGGAAGAAGAUUCUGGUACACUGGAAUCGAGUCUCUUACAGCUAAUCGAUGACAACCGUCGAUCGUCGUUACAGCUCCGGGAAAAAACCGAGAGAUCGAGGAAGGAGGCGAUCAGACACGCGGCGAGGACGGCGGAUCUGCUAGUUAAGGCGGUGAACGGAGGAGUGGAGGAGUGUUUCGUCAACGAGAAACGGAUCGAGUCGGAGAUUCGGAGUCUCGCGGUUACGGUGGCGCGAUUUGGAAAACAGACGGAUCAGUGGCUUGCUGCGACUCACGCCGUUAAUAGCGCCGUUAAGGAGAUUGGAGAUUUUGAGAAUUGGAUGAAGACUAUGGAGUUUGAUUGUAAGAAGAUCACUGCUGCAAUUCGCAAUAUUCAUGAAGAUCACUAAAAGCAAAUUCUUGGUAUUUUGAUACAGAGUUGUUCUUAUAGCCAUUGAUGUUACAUACCAUUUCUUUAGUGUUUCUCUGUUUGAGUGUAGUGAUACAGAUUGGAUCAAAGAGUUUGGUAGUAGAUUACUCAAAAGGAAGAACAUGAAGUACUCUAUUUCGCCUUAUUGGAAUCAAUCGAAUUCACCGGUUCAUAAUGACAACAUGGCAUCUACUGUUUUCUUGAA